AACCGAGCACAUCGGAAAAUUAAUCCGAGACCUCUUUAGAUAUACGAAACUAAUACACAUUAUCGUUACCAAAGGAAGUAAAACUAAAACUAAAACUAAAACUAAAAGUCAUUCGCCACGAUGGCAAAGAAUUAUAAAUUUAUAAUAGAAGGAACUUCUUCUCGAGCUCCUGGAAAAUCUCCUAAGAAACCUAAACCUAUACCACUAGAUAAACAUGGUAAUCCCAAAAAACCUCCUAAGAAAUAUGAUAGACAUGCUCCUAAACCUCCACCUUCGGCAGAAGUUUUAGAAACUGCAGCUAUGCUUGAUAGAUUAUAUAUGAAGCCAACUUUCCCAGAAAAAUUACCCCCUGAUUUUGAAAUACUAUCAACUAUACGUUAUGAUCCAAAAUUAACUGCUUUACCUCCAGAAACGUUUGAACAAAUAGUUCCUGAUAACUUUUUCUUAAUAAGAGCUCAUAUUCGUCGAUUAAUUUUUACAUUUCAAUAUUUCCAGAGAUAUUCUGGUCUUGAAAUAAUUGAAUUUGACGUUUCACCUGAGUUUCUUUCUGAACAAUUGGUUGAAGCAAUUAAAAGAGAUGGUAAACCAGUAUACCUUCCAUUAAAGUUAAGACUACUUAUGACAUUAGAUGGUACAGUUAAAGUAGAAGUUCAUGAAACUCCUGUACGAGAGAAUUUACUUUAUGGUUUAAUAUCUCCAGAAUCUCAACUAAUUGAAACUAAUUCUAUAGAUACGGCUUUUGAUUUACCAACUCUUGAUGAGGGAGUCGUAUGGGAUGUUUACAUUGAUAAACAAUUUACUCCCAUGUCACCAUUCACAUCAUUUAAAACAACUCAUAGAAAUGCAUAUAAUGAUGCUAGAGCUCGAACAUUACCAGGAAAGAGUUCUCAUGAAGAAGUAUUAAUGCAUAAUCCUGAAAAAUGUGUAAUGGAAGGUUCAAUUACAAAUAUUGCCGUUAGAGAUGAAAAACAUAAUAUAUGGGUAACUCCUAGAUUAUCUUCAGGAUGUUUAUGUGGUACUAUGAGAUCACUUUUAUUACGAAAACAUUUCUUAUAUGAACGAGUCAUAAAGAUAAAUGAGGUUAAAGUUGGUGAUGAUAUUCUAUUAUUUAAUGCUAUAAUGGGUAUUGUGAGGGGUAAAAUUGUAGGCUAGUAUACAUAUA